CAUCGAGAAAAUUUCUCGACGAAUCACAAAUUACUCUGGUAGGUUACGUAAUAGGAACGUACAUAUCUCCGAGUAGUAAAUUUUUCGCUAUUCCGCGCGAGCUUCUUUUAAGUUUUUUUCCCCUUCGGUUUCUUGAUCAUAUUCUUGACUAAUUCAAAUGUAGACGAUUAAUUUUAGGCGACCUUCAUUGCGAUACAGGUUAAGUAGGAAUACAUUUUGCUGUGUACUUUCAAAACAUUAGCAUAGACCGCAACAGUCCAAGCAUUUUCAAGCCAGUAACUUGCAUAGGUUUAUGUACCUGAAUUUUUCAUAAUACUUAAACAAUCUCAGAUAAAUUAUUUAUUUUGAAUUCCCAGUGACAUUUUUCCUCGGAGUUAAUUUUGGAAGCGCAAAGUGGAGCCUCAUUAAAAUCAGGAAUAAUCCAAUAUGUUGCAUUCAGAAUAAAAUUAAAAAAUCAAUACUCAAUUAUUUUUUUCGGACCUGCAUCAGUACACAAAUGAUUAAGUCGCCUGCUUGGGUCGCAAUCUCGACAUAUGUCAUUCUGAGCAUCACUGCUGUGGAAAUAAAUUUAGCAGGAAAUCCGAGUGACGCAAAUGAUUUGGACGAAUAUUUCUCUAAACCAGAACCUCUCACAGUCUCAUUGAGCUGCUUGCUUUUCAAGGAUUUAGGCUGCGAUAUCGAAUGCUUCAUUGUAUCAGCCGCUUACAAUCGACUGGGUGCAGGUAUUUGCAACAAAGAUAAUUUUUGCUCUUGCAAUUUCGCACUAGAUCCAAGUUUGCAAGGUUUAUGGGAAGAGAAAUUCGCCCCUUCCACUACAACCAUCCUAACGAAAAUUGCAACCAACCCAGACGUUGCACACAAGGUUCACGCGACACUCCUAAUUCCAUUCAGAACAGGCCUGCAAUCCAAGGAAGACUUGAAACAAUACUUGGCUGAAGAAGAAUACGGCCAACUUCAGGUUACAGAUAAAAGCCCAGCGAGUAAAAUGAACCACGUGGUCAAUCAUCUUAAUCUAGGAAAAAUGAAAAAGUACGUUAACGAUAAAUUAAAAGCUGUGCUCGAAUCAUCCGACGAGGAGAAAUUAUUAUCCACUGAUUAUGGAACAUCUUUAGUUAAUGCCCUUCAUGAUGCUAGAGAUCAAUCUAAUGAACGUUUUGAGCAACUUGUUCUCGAUGUUCACCUAGUCGGCGACGAGUCUUUGAACAAUAUCGUCACGACGUACUUGACGGAUAAUUCACUAAAAAAUCCUUUGGCUGAAGGCAACCCGGUCAACAAUGAUGACGUCACUAUUGCUGACACAAUUGCAUACUACGUUAUUCACGAAUUGCUAAAGAGAACCAAACCCACUGCAAUGACUUGGUUCAAACAAAAACUCGCGUAUUUUAUUUCAUGUCUAAGACCUAGCGAUACACCUGUACACCAACGUGAUGAUGAAGUCCACGAUCCAGAUCGCUUCAAAGUACCUUCAACAUUCAACAGGAAACCGUACCAAAAAUCUGGCUCCAUAGAUCUUACUUGGAAAGAUGAUACUUUUUUGUUACGUUACCAUAAGGGCAAAAAAGGCGAUAUAACUUUGAACUGGGUCAAAAAAUCAGUUCAGGUAAGCAUACUGAAAACCAUCUGGAAUGAUGUGAACCAAAAUUGGGUUUUCGAAAACGCCAGAAUCAAUAUAUCUCGAAUCAGAGAUGGUAACUUGGGUCAAACCUGGGAUUUGGGAACUUAUAAGCUAUACAAAAUUACUGAUCCCGCAGGUAAUCCAGUCUGGAACUGGAGUAAGGGGCAAGUUGAAGAAGAUUCGCUAACUACAUACAAAAAUUAUAUUGAGACGUGGUGCAAUGAGAAUAGAUUUUUGAUAGAAGAGAGUGCUUGCAUUAUUUAUAAAUGA